GCCGCAACUUUUCGGAUGAGCUGAACUUCUCGCUCCGGACCAACCGGAGACCGGAGGAGCGAGGCGGGGAGCUGACAGCACCGGGACUCGAGCGGCAAAGCGCCACGCACGGAGGUAGUAUUCCAGCUCGGUCUCUUUUACACCCCCGGUUCUUGUCCGUGUGGCUGCCGGGCCGCGGCGGCUCGUGAACGCAGGUGACGGAGCAGCGACAGCGGUGGUUUCUCCCUCCGGUGCCCGCCGCCGACAGCAGAUUCCCGGAGGCUCAUCGUAAAGCUUUCAUGCUGUCUCAUUUGCUGCUCACUGGCUUUGACAAGAUACUGCGAUUUUCUUUGCUGAUUCAGACUGAAUACUAACCCUAACCCUAACCUUUUUGCCAUCAAGCUCCAGCUACCAAAAGCACCAAAUGUGUCCUUAAGACUCUCAUCUCUUCACUCCCUGGGCAUUAUGUUGACCCUAACCUAAAGCCAUCAGCACCCCAUCCCUACCUUUCCUUCCCAUCUCCCCUCCCUGAACCCUCUCCCAUCUCCAUCAUGACCAGUCUGAAGCGCUCUCAGACAGAGCGCUCGGUUGGGGGCUCGGUGCCAGCCACUGAUGAGUUCUACACCCGCCGUCUGCGCCUGCCCAAUGGAGGGGCGCCUCCACCCCGCAGCGAGAGCGCACACAUUUCCUCUUCCACCACCCCUGGCACCAACCCCGGCGUCCCUAAGAUGGGGGUGCGGGCUCGUGUGGCUGACUGGCCGCCAAGGAAAGAUGGGGGAGGUGGGGGUGUUUGGCAUAUUACCGUGGAAACCGAUUCCCCCAGUUCCACAAACACCACCAGUUCAUCAGGAUCUGGGAGUGGAGAUAGAGAAAGACUUGUCGGUGGGGGAGGAGGAGGGAGUGGAAGUGGCGGUAGUGGUAGUAGUGGCAGUGGAAGUGGAGGGGUGUCAGCUGUUACAGCCCACAGCAAUCUGUCGGCUAAGCUCGGUCACCUCAUAAGCCCGCAGGACUCGUCCAUGCUGCGCAACAUCCACAACACACUAAAGAAUAAGAUGCACAGCAAAGGAAAAGACAAUCGCUUCCUUUCACCAGAUGGCUAUCUGGGCUCGCCCCGCAAAGGCAUGAGGCGCAUCCGCCAGCGCAGUAACAGUGAUAUAACAAUUAGUGAGUUGGACGCUGACGGCAAUGAGGGCUGGUCUUUCUCAGGGUGGACACCCAUGCACCGUGAGUAUGGCAGCACGUCCUCCAUAGAUAAACAUGGAGUGUCAGGAGAGAGUUUCUUUGACAUGCUAAAGGGAUACCAGUCCUCUGAGGCCCCUGAUCAGCGAAGCCCAGCUCCAGAGAGGCUCACAGAGCUCCUUACAGUGGCCCCCAUAAAACAGGCUGCACUUGACCUGCCAGACGGACCAUUAGGACCAGCCAGAGGAAGUCCUGCCAGUCGGCUGAAGGAGCGAGAGAAGCACUUAAAAAGGAGGUCAAAGUCAGAGACGGGUGGAGAGUCUAUAUUUCGUAAGCUGCGCAGUGUUAAGGUGGAGGGGGACACGUCAAGGGCUGGGUCCGAUGCUGAAGAUGGGGGGAAAGGAGAUGAAAGUGGCCCACCUCCAAAACCCUGGGUGUGCCAGAGAGGCUUUGCCCAUUUUGAUAUUCAGUCUCUACUCUUCGACCUCAAUGAGGCAAUCCAAAGUCGUCAGUCUGGGGCGAAACGGAAGAAUACCACAACGGGUGCCUCUGCUGCUGCUGCUGCCUCCGCUUCCGCCACUUCCUCCCUCUCCUCCAAUCAGAGCGGAGGGUAUGGGUCACCGUGCGGCUCGCAAGAGGAGCUGAGCAAGGAGGGAGCAGGAGGACAUAAUGCUAACCCUGCCUUAGACCCUGGUGAUGACAAAAGCAACGAUCUGGUGCUCAGCUGCCCCUGUUUCAGGAAUGAGAUUGGUGGAGAGCGGGAGAGGAACAUCUCGCCUGCUAAACAGCAGGGCAGCAUAGGCAGUGGUGGAAGUUCAAGCAGUUCUUCUGGCAGUACGGAGGAAGGACCGCUGGAUGCCAUCCUCAAUACUCACUUUACCAACGCUGGUGUGGCAGUAAUGGAAGCUCCGAAGGACGGGCCCAGUCAGCAUGCCGACAGGUCCAAGCGAUACAUCGUGGAGCAUGUUGACCUUGGUGCCUAUUACUACAGAAAGUACUUCUACCUCAGAGAACACUGGAACUAUCUGGGUGUAGACGAGAACCUGGGUCCAGUGGCAGUCAGUCUGAGGAGGGAGAAGCUUGAAGAACACAAGGAGCAUGGCCAACAGUACAACUUCAGGGUCAUCUUCCGAAUGAGCGAGCUGAACACCCUGAGAGGCUCCAUCCUGGAGGACGCAGUACCUUCCACAUCCAAGCACGGCCUGUCUCGAGGCCUGCCUCUCAAAGAGGUGCUGGAGUUCCUGGUACCAGAGCUGAACGCUCACUGCCUGCGGCUGGCGCUCAACACACCUAAGGUCACCGAGCAGCUGAUGAAGCUGGACGAGCAGGGGCUGAGUUUCCAGCGGAAGGUCGGGGUGAUGUACUGCAUGGCGGGUCAGUGCAGCGAGGAGGAGAUGUACAACAACGAAUCAGCCGGCCCUGCACUGGAGGAGUUCCUACAUCUGCUAGGGGAGAGGGUUCGGCUCAAAGGCUUCACCAAGUACCGAGCUCAGCUGGACACAAAGACUGACUCGACCGGCACCCACUCCUUGUACACCACGUACAAGGACUAUGAGAUCAUGUUCCAUGUGUCUACCAUGCUGCCCUACACACCCAACAACAAGCAACAGUUACUGCGGAAGCGUCAUAUUGGGAAUGAUAUCGUCACAAUCGUGUUCCAAGAACCGGGGGCACUUCCGUUCACCCCCAAAAACAUCCGCUCACAUUUCCAGCAUGUCUUUGUGAUUGUGCGGGCACACAAUCCCUGUUCUGACAACAGCUCCUACAGUGUGGCAGUCACUCGCUCCAAAGAUGUGCCAUCUUUCGGCCCACCUAUCCCAGAGGGCGUGACCUUCCCCAAGUCCUCCGUGUUCCGGGACUUCCUGCUGGCCAAGGUCGUUAAUGCGGAAAACGCUGCUUGCAAGUCACAAAAGUUCCGCGCGAUGGCCACCCGGACUCGCCAGGAGUACCUGCGUGACCUGGCUGAGCGCCACACCACGAGCACGCCCAUCGACCCCUCAGGAAAGUUUCCUUUCAUCUCACUGGCUCACAAGAAAAAGGAGAAGGGCCGGCCCUAUUUAGGGGCGGAGCUGCGCAGCCUGGGGGCGGUGACCUGGCUGGUACACGCUGAGGAUCACGGGACUGGAGGUGAACUGGAGGCUCUCCUCGCCAUCUCCAAUGACUUUGUCAUCUUGUUGGACCAAGAUGCCAAGGCGGUGGUGUUCAACUGUGCCACUAAGGACGUGAUUGGCUGGAUGCCGAGCAGCCCUGCGUCUUUGCGGAUUUUCUAUGAGCGGGGAGAAAGUGUGUCUUUGAGGAGUAUCAGUAAUAACACUGAGGAUUUCAAAGAGGUGGUCAAACGUCUAGAGUUCCUGACUAAAGGCUGUGAGACAUCAGAGAUGACACUUCGUCGAAAUGGCCUGGGGCAGCUUGGCUUCCACGUGAACUACGAAGGCAUCGUGGCUGAGGUGGAGCCGUACGGCUACGCCUGGCAGGCAGGACUGCGGCAGGGAAGCCGAUUGGUGGAAAUCUGCAAAGUUGCUGUAGCGACACUGACACAUGAGCAGAUGAUUGACCUCCUGCGGACCUCAGUGACAGUGCGAGUUGUUAUCAUCCCACCUCAUGAAGAUGCCACUCCACGCAGAGGCUGCUCGGAGCUCUACCGGAUGCCUGUGUCUGAAUACAAGGGCAGCAGCAGCGAUAGUGGAUCCUUCGAAUACAAGUUCCCCUUCCGUAACAACAACAACAAAUGGCAGAGGACGUCCAGCAGCCCUCAGCAGUCGCUGACCGCCUCGCCUCAGCCACACACGCCCAACCGGGCCAUCAGUCUGGGUAGCUCCGUGGGGAAGACCCUGUCCGCCGAGAGGCUGGAGAGGGGCGGGGUCAUUCCACGCAGCGUGAGCAGCGAUGGCCGACCCCUGGACACCAAACGGAUGUCUCCGGGCACUGAGAGCUACAGCCUGGUCUCCUCCCUGGCGUUGGGUCGUUCCCCUCACAAUCGAAGCUCUCCCAGCAACUUAUCCUGUUCCAGUGACGCGUCUGGAAGCUCUGCUCACUGGAGACAGAAGUCCAUGCCUGAGCAGUUUGCAAGCAGCCGCCACUCUCCGAUGCUUUCGGAGAGACGUGAGGUGGUCGGCGAUGGCGGGUCCAGUGGAAAGUCCACUCCCAAUUGGUCAAGAAUGGAGGAAGGGGGAGGAGCAGAACGGGGGUCAACAGAGGCCCCGGUCUCCAAGUCGGGUCAAGGCUACUCCGGAGCUCCUCGCAUCCAGAGGCAGGAGCAGGUCAUCCAUGUGUCCCCGAAGAAGGGAAGCCAGUCGGACGGCCCUUACUCUGGCCACUCCAGCAGCAACACUCUGUCCAGCACAGCUUCCAGCGGCGCUCACAGCGACAGUGAUAAAUGGUUUGAAGUAGGAGCAGGUGGAGGCUCCGCCGCUGACCCGGGCGACUCGGAGCCCAACGGCCUGGGAGGAGGAGGUUAUCUCCAGGGUGCGUCGGCCGACAGUGGCAUCGAUACCAGCUCUUACGGAGCCUCGCACCACACCCACCCGCACUCCCAUCACGGAAGCACCACCUCCCUGCUGGCUCCUAGUGGCAGCAGGGAGAGCCGGGAGAGCCGAGAGAGCCGGGAGCGGUCGGGCUCUCCGUGGCACAGCCCCACCGAGGGAGGUCGCAGGAUGCUGGAGAGGUCCCCUGCUGCUGCCGAGUCCCCGGGCCUUCCGGGAGAAAGGAGCAUGGACGGGACCGGCCGAAGCCCACCUACUCAUCUUCUCCUCAGGGAUAGCAGCACCUUCAGUCUGAAUGAAGCUGGAUCCCACUCAAGGCACUCAGGCCACAGCUCGCCCAGAGACGAGUCCUCAUCUGCGACCACCUCUCCCUCCUCCCAGUCCUCCGCGUCCCCAGGGCCCAAGAGCUUCUACCCUCGCCAAGGAGCUCAGUCCAAGUAUCUGAUUGGCUGGAGGAAGCCAGGCUCCACCAUCAACUCUGUCGACUUCGGAGACACACGCAAGAAGUCUCCAGGAGAGGGUGGAGUGGAGGGUAUUCCAACCCCUGCAGCCAGGCCCUCUCUUCGGGAUAUGCACUCACCUCAGCCUCAUGCCAAAUCUACAAUGGAGGAAGACGUGAAGAGGCACGGGGCUCCAGACAGCCCCCCACCCCCACGCAGGCAUAAGGAAAAGCAUGGCCAGAAAUCAACAACCGGCCAUCAUCUCAGCCACCGUCGCUCACUCCAUCGCACCCUGUCGGACGAGAGCAUCUACCGCGGCCAGCGCCUUCCCGCCCUGAGCGACUCGGUGGCAGAACCAGUGAGUGAUGUUCUCUUCAGCUGCUCCACCCUCCCCCGCUCACCCACGACCCGGGGUGUGCCCCUCCGACGGCCCUCCUAUAAGCUCGGUGUCAAGCUGCACGGUGACCUUUCGGCCUCGGACACAUCCCUGGUGGAUUUGGUGGAGCGACACCGUGGGCCCCUCCCACAGGAGCUGAUGCCCCUCCCUCCUUCUUCAGACAGGGACAGCCCUCUGGAUUGGACACACUUGGUGGACGUAGCCAGUACCUUUGAGAGUGACAGGAACCCUCACUACGUUCAGAGAAGUUACGUGUUCGGGGAUUCAAACCACCGGAGCAGCGGCGCCUCCAGUCCACAGCAGCCUCACAUCGAGCUGCAGCCGGCGCCACUGUCUCGACCCUCUUCAAGUGAGGGUCACAUAGGACUGGAGAGGAAAGUGACUAAACUUGAGGCGAUUGUGAAGAUGCUCCAGGAGGACCUGAAGAAGGAGCGUGAAGAAAAGCUGCGGCUGCAGACGCAGGUCAAGCGGCUGUGGGACGACAACCAGAGGCUGCAGGAGGAAUCUCAGACCUCGGCCACCAAGCUCAAGAAGUUCACAGAGUGGGUCUUCAACACCAUCGAUAUGAACUGAGGCGCUCCUGCUCGCUCUAACCUGCACAGGCACCCACAUCGACUUCAUCCAUCAGCACACACAGUCUGGACGGAGACACGGAGCGGGAGACAUGUUCGAAGACUCAUUCCACCUGAUGCUGAACCCUCCCUCCACCUUCCAUGGCUUCAAACAUCAGGGGCUUAUAUUGCCGACCAGUCUCAAUCUCUGCAGACCCUCUGUUCAACUUCUCAGGAUGAGGCCCACGAAGAACGCGUGUUGUUUAUCACAUUAUGAAGGACUGACCUCUGCCCCCCCUGCGGGACCACGAGAGCGUUGCUGAAUUGAACUUUCUCUCAUCUCGCUGUGCCAAAAUCUCUUCAGCAGAAUAACCAACAAGAGAAAACACCCCUCCUCCACUUGGCCUUUUCCAGUUAUUUCAGAUGCCAUGUUCUCCCGAGUGGACAUGAGUCUCUUUUGAAGACGACUGUCUUUUUUCCCUCAUCGUUCCCGUUGUUCAAGCACCUUUUUCAAAAUGUUGCCCAGCUCCUCUGGGAGGUGACUUCAGGUGCUUCGUGCCAAAUCCGUCUCCCCACAGCAGAGGGUUGUUCUCUGAAUGGCCUUGCAAAGUCAGACAGGGCUACAAUAAAUCUGCCGGCCCAGCCACUAAAGUGUUCGCUGUAACACAGACGGACAAAAGAGCCACAGGACAGGAGAGGACUCUGUUUCCUUCACAUGUAAAAGGAGAGUAAAGAGAUUAAGCUACUUUUUCUUUGUUUCCUGCUCAAAGUUGGAAACCCCUGAACAGUCGCCGCGGCAGUUUGUGCGUGAGCCACUGACAUGGAGUCGAGUCGCUCUGCCACCGCACGACUGACAAUCUGGAUUUUUACAGUUUUCACUUCUCGACCUCUGUGUGAGUCAGGUCUGGACACAGGAGUAUAUAUUUAAAAGCCAUCGGCAGUGGUGCCAUAAAAACAAGACUGAUAUCCAGAGUGCUUUGGUUCCAUCCCAGUCGUUCGUGUCUUAAAAGCAAUAGGAACAAGUCGGAACUCGUGUUUUUCUCCCUCACGGAAAUGGAGAGUUUGCUCUUGGAAGAAGUUUGACGUGGGAUUCUGUGAUUUAAAGAUCAAACUGGUGAAAACGCGCCGGUUUCUACUGCACAAGAACCUCAAGAGGCUUUUUCCACCGAACAUCGUGUUCAGGGGGGAAACAGGAAAAGAGGACUCCACUCAUCACUCGCCACACGAGUGGAAAACAAAGAGCCAGCUGAAGAUAAAUGACAGAGACAUUUCAGGAUGAGAAAAGUUAAAGUUUUUGGUUUUUGUUCCUCGGGUUAAUUUAUUUCCUUGUAUUAUAAUUCCAAUAAAUAAGUUGUUCUAUUCGUAACAGUACAACUGACAUCAGUGUUUAGUUCCUGAAGAAAAAGGGUCACUAGCUAUAUUAUUUAAGCGGCUUUCUUUCUUAACUCUGGCUGAAGCCGGACUAUAAUGCUUUUUAUUCUGUAUUCUGUUGUAGUUUGUGGUGCCCAAGCCUGCUGUUGUGUUGCUUACAGUGCCCUCUAGUGAUGACCAGUGGAAAUGUCAUGGUUAUUAAAUGUGCUGCCAGUCACUCUGUAUUUCUCCAACGACUCUUCAGCCGUCAGUCAUGGACCAAACACACAGAGACAGACACACACACACUCACACAAACAGAGACAGACAAACACACACAUACGAUGGGGCAAAUCAUCAGAAGCUUUGAUAGACAAUCAAAGGUUGAUUUUUGACGAUGGGAGAGUGUGUGUGUGUUGUGUGUGUGUUGUGUGUGUGUGUGUGUCUGUGUGUGUGUGUGUGUGUUCUUCAGUUCAAACAGUUUUGCUCAGGUUCAGUCUUUGUUGGGAACGUGUGAGGAUCUUUUUCCGAAAGCUAUUCAACAAUAAUGACUUCUAUGGCGAUAUUUUAAAUACCCACCAUAAAAGGGAGCCUCAGUACCUUGCUGUAAUUCUGGUUGUGUUUGUGUGGUGUGUGUUUGAUUGUGUGUGUGUGUGAAUGUGCAUCAGUCUAUCCAGCCGUGCCUACAGUCACUUGUUUGGGUCAUUUACUCGCAGGAAGAGCAGGGAUGUGCCUUUAGAAACAGAACCUGGGAAACAGAUUAAAGGGGAUGGCUCCUUCUUCUAUUUCUGAAAAACACACACCUGGCUACACAAACACAGACACACACUUUUCACAGACUGGCCUCAUAAAUGUUUGUUUGGAGAUUCUGCGUCUCUUGGUCAGAUGAAUAUUUUUAUGUAACACAAACAGACCAUGAACGGAUGAGAGUGUGUGAAGUGUACAAGAAGUGUGUGUGUGUGUGUGUGUGUGUGUGUGUGUGUCUUUACAUUCAGUUACAUGCAGUGUAUUAUUCAGAGCAGCUGGCCGUUGUAUUAACGAGUUUAACGUCCAAGCAUAUUUCCCCCCCCCGAUUCACAAAGCCACUUUUAUCCCAAGCAGAUGCCACAGAGCUUCUUCCUCAGAGCAGGUGUUUGGGUUUAUUUCAGGUCACUAACAAAAAAAACAAACAGUUGUCAGCCUUAAUUUCCCAGUCGUCUGCCGUCAAACCAGUACGAUGAAAGAACAUUCCCAGUAAAUGUAGAAGUGUCGGUUCUGUUUUAAGAAUCUCGUGAGACGUGGACGGUCCACACUCGAGUGUUUGCUUGAGGAUGGCGAUCCGGUUGUUUAUUAACAAGUCGGCCAGUCGUGGUAAAAAAAAACACUCGUCCGAUAAUGAGAAAUCCUUCAAAUCUUCACAAACGAUGAGUCGUGGAGGCAGAAACGUUCCCAAUCCAAGUUCUAGGUGUUAAAUUGGUUUCACUGGUUUCCUGCCCACAUCUAUGUCGACGCCUAAAUGAUGAGUGUUGGAUAUUAUUAACGUUUUCGUAUAUUUCCCUGUACAUUGAAAGUGAUUCUAGUCUUUUGUAUUUCAAAUGGGAGUAUGGCCAAAUGACAGAUGUUUGAGUGGCAUCAAGUUGGAUGAUGGUUACAGAUGUCAACCUUCAGACGUUUACACACACACACACACACACACACACACACACACACACACACACACACACACACACACCGGGUCAUUUGUGAAUGAGUUAUUGUUUCUUUAUUUCUUCCGCUUUGUUUUUGUUGCUUUUAAGAAGGAUGUUGAAAAUGUGAAUGUGCUGAUGUUCCAAUUUUCCAUUUUUGUAAUCUCUCGUUUUGAUUUUUUUGUUGAGAUCCUUUGCACAAUGUUUUCUAAAGGGGGUUUGAGUCGACAGGUGUUGGAUGUAAGAAGGGAGAAUCGAUCCAUUCCUGUGUGACCCUGUCUGAGAGUUGCUCUGUAGUUUUCUUGCCAGUUGCAGGAGGGAACCUGACUUUAUUCACCUCGGGGGGGGAAGGGAAACAAGAUGAGAACUGGAACCGUCCUUUUUCUUUUAGUCAUCACUGAUCCGACAGGAGCAGGAUGGAUGUUUGUACCGGAGGGUUGUAGGUUUGCGGUCAGCGAUUGCAUCGGGGGGGGGGGGGGGGCUCAGUCUCUGCUGUGUCAUGAUUCGUUCGGUUUCCUCCUGUUGGAAGAACAAACUUUCAAAGUCAUGUGUUCAGCUCCGACCGACCGGAGAUAGAGCACAAACGCAAUUUCAAGAGUAAAAAAAACCCAAUACUGUUUACAUCCCGGAUCCAUUGUCUUUGUAACAUGUUUGAAAAAGACAUUUGCAGUGAUCACAGUAAGUUCCUGAAAUAAAUAAAAUGCUGUAUCGACCUG